CGCCCCUAGGCCACGCCCCCGGGUUUGCGACAGUCGCUUUGCGGCCGGGGCCGGUGAAGGCUCGGCGGUGCGCGGUGUCUCGUCGCCGCUCCGCCAUGACCCGCGAGUGCUCCCUCCUGCUGCCGCGCGUCUGCGCCGCCCUGGCCGACCCGCGGCAGCCCGCCUCCGACGACACCUGUCUGGAGAAGCUGCUCGACUGGUUCCGGGAACUGGCGGAAUGCGAUCCUACGGUGAAGCUGGUGCAGGACAAUCCUUGUCUGACAGAGUUCAUCACCUCCGUGCUGGCAUUGCCAGAGCCCAGCCCGAGCAUCCUCUCCUUUACUCUGCGGUUAGCUGGAAUACUUGCCGCUUCCGAAAGCCGCUUCCAACACUUGCAGCAGGAGAAGCUGUUGGUCAGGCUCUUUGGCAGGGAUGGGCCUCGGAACAGCGCGGUGUGGGAAGAUGCAUCUGUGCGAAGUGGCUGGGUGGAGGGUGUGCACAGCAUGAUGCAUCACCAGCCUGCCCUUCAGUUCCUCUGCGAUGGUGGAGACAUAGAUGUGAUCUUCACUCUGCAAGGAGAUCCCAGCCUGUUUGUGGCGUCAGCUGCCAGUCAGCUUCUGGUGCACAUGCUCACCCUCUCUGUAGAGUCUGAAACGACCAAACCUCUCAGUACAAAGGACCGUGACUGGCCAGUGUGUGCCCAAAUGAUUAUAAAACGUAUAGAAGAUUCCCUUCAGUCCAGCUCUGCUUCUCACAUCGAGCAGUCAUUAAAACUGUUAACUAGUUUGUUUGGCAGUUGUCGUGCUACGUGGACUGAAGUACUUUGGUUAGGCAUAACAAAGCAAAUAGAAUCCUUUCUGACGGAAGAGACUGUCCAAGCACAGCACAUGCUGGCGAAUCUUUUACUUAACAUGGCAUGGUCCCCUGUGUUUUGUGACACUGAAGGCAGUUUUUGGGCACUAGUGACUUCUGCUCUGGAACACUUAACCCCAGUACAAGCAGGCCCUUUGGCAGUGGGAAUUCUGAGGCUCUACAAAUGCCCACAAGAUGUGAGGAUUCAGGCACUGACUGUUCUACUUCAGCCAAUGGACUGUAUUUUGAGAGCAGCCUCCCAGCCUCUGGAAUAUGCAGGUUUGCUGGACGAAUCUGUUAGUGAUCCUGCCACUGUUGAAAGUCUCCUGUCCUCCAGGUCAUCUUGUGUUAGUCUUCUGUGUCAGACCCUUGCUCAUCUGGAGGAGCUGCUGUCUCUGAUUCGUUUGCCAGUGGAUUUACCCUACACAUCUUUGUUACGCUCUCUCAUGACAAUAUUACAAUUCUGUAAUGGCUUCUUGAGUCCAACUUCUCCUCUGGGAAGCACAAUAAGCCGAAUCUUGAUCAACUGCUUCAGAGUACAGAGGUCAGCUCUUGAUGUCCUAGCAGCACUCUCAGAGCGAAAAGGCUGUGACACACUCAUAGGAAGUCUCUUUGAUAUCCUUCUAGCAUACCUGGAGAGUCCGAACACCAACCCUACUGUUCUAAAAAAAACGUUUCAAGCUACAUCCAGGUGGUUGGUGCGAUUGCAGGAACUGUCCUGCUCCAACAGUCGAUGGCAACAAACUGAGAAGAUUUUGGAAGAUGUGUUUCUGGUGCUGCAGAAGCGUUUGUGCAGUCCUUGCUGGGAAGUAAGAGAUUCUUCUCUGGAGUUCCUCACUGUCCUCAUUAAAUGCUUGAGAGACCAGGAUGAGUUCAGGCAGUCUCUCCUGUCUUCGGAGGUGCCGAGACUUACAGAAAACCUUCUUGAGGAUCCAGAAAGCUACGUGCGAGCGAGUGCUGUGACUGCUGUGGGACACUUGGCCUUCAUUACUUACUUUGCUCCCGAGUCACCUGUCGUAGGGAAUCAGUAUAAUAAAGAGAAGACUGUAGUAAAGCUUCAAGAAAUCUUGUCUACAGACCCAGAGGGCUUUCCUAGAAGGGCUGUGAUCAGCAUCUUCAUCAAGUGGCUGAGACAAGGCUGCACAGGUCAGCUGGAAGAUACAGAGCAGUUUGUCUCUAGAGUGAUCCAAACUGUGGAGCGUGACUUAGACUGGGAAGUGAGACUUGGUGGUUUGGAACUGGUUGAAGUUUUCUGUAGUCAAACAAUUUGCCAACUUGGCCUUCCUAAAUGCCCAUAUGCUCCUGUCUCAUCUGCCGUCAGUAGUUCCAUUCAUCGGAAUGAGUCACUGCAGAUAUUUUGCCGAGCAAAACUGUUCAGCUUUUUGUUUCGGUCUUUGUGUGACUGUGACAAACCAGUAGGUCAGAGAGCCUGCGAUACACUGCUUGGCUUAAGAGGUAAUUUCUAUCCAAUUAGUACCUUGAAGGAUUCACAAAGGUCUGGAGAUUCACCUGCAGAACAUGGCAUUGCCUGGUUACAAAGAACACUAAGGCAGGGUUCUCUGGCCCCGAACUUCCCCACAGAUGGUAAUAAAGGGGUGGAUUUUCAAGAUCCAGAGUGCAUGAUGCUAGCUUUGGGUACAAUAGACUUAGAAGAGCUACAUGAUGAGUUAAAUAAAAGUAGUGACCAUGUGGAGAAAAGCCCUCAGUCCCUCUUACAGGACAUCCUUGCUACUGUGGGCACCAUAGAGGAAAACGAAGCUGACUGCUACUGAAGACAUCUUCUGCUCUGAGGGAGCAGUGCUUCAGCAGUUUUCUUGUGGAGAAUUUUUUCCUACCAGUCAUUAAGUCUUUUUUGAGAGAAGUUAAAAAGAAAUGUUACACUGAACAGAGAAAAAGAUGACUUUGUUAACUGUUAAAUGGGUUUGAACAUCUUUAAUACUGAUAAAUUUUUUUGUUGAAAAGUAUAGUCUCCAAUAAACUGUGUUUUGUUUUUCAAAGUUAACACAUCAAGAAAUGCAUUCUUUUUUUUUUUUUUUUUAAGUCCUAUGUCCUUUAAGAAAGUGCCAGGCCAUGCCUACAUAAGGAAACAUUUUUAGAAAACAAAACAGUGACUGCAAACUAGUUGUUGCAUGCUCCCUUUAGAGCCAGAGCAGCUAAAACUGAUGAAGACUGGUUUUAAGGGACACUUGUUUUGACUUUGUAUCUCCCUUUUGAAAACAGACUCUUCUAGUUCCAGGUUGCAUUUUGAGGUCUAGAGCAAAAGGCGGCAUUUAAGGAAUCAAAAGCUGAUCAUCCUUAACAUUACAAACUUUCUUCUAUAGAUAAUGUGCUUUUUUGUUUUGAUCUCAGCAGUGACCCUAUAAAGCUGACUUUGUUUUUAAUUGAAGCCAGAAGCAAGUGCAUUUUGCUGAAUUUUUCGAGUGCUCCUGUUCUCCAUUUCUAAAGAACUAGGAUAGCUUCUAACUAGUAAGAGAAACUGACACCUGUGGCUUUUUCGUGAUUAAAAAAUAUAGAUCUAUGCUUAGCUUUGGUAAACAGUUAGAAAACAGCAGCUGUAGUGCAAAUGGCAACACUGUUUUCUGAGAAAGCAUUGCCAAUUUUUUUUAAAAACUCAGGGAAGACUUUUUUUUUUUUUUGCAACUUGCUCCAAUGUCCUGCCAUAUGCUAAGAAGCUUUUUGAAACCCAGAAAAAAAAUAAAAAAAGAGUACCUUUACCAGUAGGUCAAACCAUGCUGUAUUCCUUUCUAGCACUGAGAGAUCUUACUUGUCAGCCUUUAUCCUCCUGCAGCUUCUGUGGAGGCAGGAACACAACACCCGUUUUAGGCUAAUGGAGGCCACAGCAUCUAAUACAAUUGAGGAACUUCUGUAAUCUCCUCCUUCAAUAUUAUCCCUGCAACAGUACAAUAGGGUGAGAUGUAGUUUGAAUUUCUUGCUGCUGAGGUUGAAGAUUUACUAUGUGCUUUUUAAUGAAGUCAGCACACUUAGCUAUUGUUCUGUGCACAGCUUUAUGUAUGGCAGAGCCCUUGGGUGUUGUACCAGCAGCUGUUCUUAGGAGAAAAAAGCUUUGCUUCUGAGAGACAAUUCUACCUGAGCAGGAUCUACACCUGGCAAAAGACAGAAGAUACUAAAAAUCAGGAUUUUUCCUGCCGCUGAAAUUGAAAGGCUUAGUGAGAGAGAAGGGAUUUGCUUUUAAAGAAGUGUGAAUUGUUUGUGGAGUUUUAGCACUCCUGUCUAGCGAAGGGAUUUUAGUUCCAGAACUAGCAUCGCAUGUUGUCAAUAGGUCAGCUAUGCUCCAGGAAAGGAGAGCAGGUUGCUGGAUGAACAUCUUCCAUUCAGCACUGGAAUUCUUGUGAUUUCAGGGUUUUGCAGUUUAGGAGACUCCAAGGAACUAUGCAAAUGUCAGCAAAUUGAAAAAGUGUCUUGUUACAGAAGGGAAACUCACUGCUUAUUACCAAGGUCUCUUGACUCCCAGACCUAUUAAUUUGUAAUGGAGCUUUUUUUCUUUUCUCAUCAGCUAGGGUGGUGGUGACAUUCUUAAGUUUAUUUGCUUAGUUGCAAGCCGAAAUCUUGUUUGUACACAGGAUGCUUGUACAUUAAAACCAACUGUACAACAAA